UACUACUAAAUGCCAGAGUGCAAUCGUUGCUCGACACCUACUCCACGCCGACUGGGUCAUCUCGUUCGAAAUAACUUAGCUUGCUUCGUCACACGAACAAGACCAAAUCAUUCUGUGCUUCGUGACAGUUUCCACCAAAUCGAAUCGAGAGGACCGCAAGAGGGGCCGAUGGAGCCCUGCGAGAUCGCGCGCCUGCCGGAGGAGCUGCUGUCGGUGGCGCUCUCCCGCACGUCGCCGCGCGACGCUUGCCGCGCUGCGGUGGUCUCCCCGGCCUUCCGUGCCGCGGCCGAUUCCGACACCGUCUGGUCCUGCUUCCUGCCACCGCUGGACGAACUCCCGCCGCUCACCGACGGAGAGCCUUGCAGGAAGAAAGACCUGUUCCUCCGCCUCUCCGGCAGACACGUCCUCCUCCCAGGCGGACUCAUGAGCAUGUGGCUGGACAGGGAGACCGGCGCCAAGUGCUACAUGGUGUCGGCGAGGGCGCUGUCCAUCGCGUGGCGCGACACUCCACGCUACUGGAACUGGGUCCCUCUCGCAGAUUCGAGGUUCUCCGAGACUGCUGUACUCAGGUUAGUUUGCUGGUUGGAUAUCCCUGGCAAGAUAGAUAGCAAGAUACUCUCCAAGGGGUCAGUCUAUGCCGCACACAUCGUGUACAAGUUGGCCGACAGUUCUUAUGGGCUGGACUCGCCGAUCCAAGAGGCAUCAAUUAGAGUUGGAGGCACCAACCUGACCCGCAAGGUCUGCCUCCAACCUAACCCGCAAAGAAGCAUGAGCCAAAACCGCCGUGCAGAGGACGUAGUGCUCCCUCGGCAAAGGGGCGAUGGCUGGAUGGAGCUGGAGCUGGGCGACUUCACCUGCGACGGGGAUGAAGAUGGUGAUGUGUCCUUUGGCGUUUCGGAGACCAAGGCUUUGAACGGGAAGAGCGGCCUGGUCGUGCAGGGCAUCGAGAUCAGGCAUAAGAAAUCAGGCUAAUUGAUGAGCUCGCGGGAAUAAACCAAACAUGUCCAGAGUCUACUCCAAUAUAGAACGAAAAUAAAGGAGCCAUAUAUGUUUGUAAUGCGUGUUUUCGAACUUCCCUCUUGGUCUCCAUUCUAUCCUUGUGGACAGUAUAUAUAUAUUUGUUUGAUCUUUCAAGAAGACACAGUCUAUACUGUAUUUUAGAUCAUUUAAGAGAAUAAACAGAUAAUUAGGAGAGGAAUAUUGACCUUCCUCUGUUAUGGUUCA